UUUGGGCCACCGUUUGUAUCAGCCACCAAACUAUGUGUUAUUGCUGUGAGGCUUUGCGAGUAAGAUGCGGAAUAAAUAUUGAUUGACAUCAAGAGUUUGAACGGAUGCUGAUAUUGACAGAGGAUGGACUAUGAGCUUUCCAUUGGCGUAUACGGCCGUGGACUAGAUCCGCAACAUCGCUCUCAUUGGGGCUUCCUCAUAUGCCGCCGUGGCAGCGAAUUCGGCAGACUCAUUCAUGUGGCACUCAUUGACGCCAACAGGUUAAUCUACCAGCAUGACGAGCGGGAUCCGCAGUUGUUCAAAAGUCAAAGUUGCGAGGGCCGCCUAAAUAUAGGAACAAUGUCGGCCUCAAUUUGUGAACAGGUUAAGAACGUUAUGCGCAACGAACCGGCACCUAGGAAUGGGAAGGUGCGCAAAUUUUUCUGGGCUGCUGAUUGAAACCGAGACUAACUACUGCCAUGACAGGACCGUUGCCAGGAUUGGAUACUAAGCUGUCUGAUUUCACUUGAAGU